AUGCUACCGAGUUGGCAGCCUUUUUCCAUACUGUGGAGGAACCCUCAAGGUAGGCCCUACCGGACGCAGGAUUUUGCUGAAGCACUCGAGGGAACCGUCGGCAUGAAGCACGUGGUUGGGCUGGGAGCUUUUCAGUUCAACCACGUGUGGAUAUGCACGCUGGACUCCGCUGAUGCAAAGGAAGGCCUCGUGGCCCUGAAAGAAGUCACUGUGAAAGGAAAAAAGUGCGUGGUCAUUGACCCCAAUGUCAAGGAGGCCGUCGUCCGGGUCAACUGGCUACCGACGUACGUGACCGAUGGAGAAGUGUGCGCAGCAUUCGCGGAAUAUGGAAACGUAACACGAAUCACCAGGGAGAAGUGGAAGUCCCCAAGUGGAACUUACGAAGUCGAAACCUCGGCAAGGGCAGUGACAAUCACCAUGAAGGAAGGAACUGCAAAGGAUGAGCUACCACACCAGGGAAAAGUGGCCGGGUACCCCGUUCUAAUAUCUGUCCCAGGCCGACCUCCGAUGUGCCUCCGCUGCAGCAAGCUGGGGCAUAUGCGCAAACAAUGCCGGGCGCCUUGGUGCCGCCAUUGCCGAGGUUAUGGUCACCUGGAGUCUGAAUGUGUGCCCACCAACGCCGCCAAAACCAGGCGACAUGCGGACACGCUUCAAAACAGCGACCUUCUGGACGACGGUGAGGUGGGUGAAAGCGAACCUGCCGCCAACUCGAUGGAGGCGGUAACACCGGCCGAGGGGGGUAACGAGGAGGAGGCAGGACCCGAGGGAAAGGACAAGGUGACGGACGUUGCGUCCACCUCCAAGAACGCAACUUCGCUGCCGCAGGUUCCAGCAAAGGUAGACAACCCUAAAGCGUCAAACACCGUGAAACAAGGGAAACGCGCAAGGGGCUCUAACGACUCCAACAACGAAAGCGCGUCGGAGAGGCAAGCAUCGCCGAGCGACAUGCCAGCGGACGCAGCCGCUCCGGUGCGGUCUUCUCAGACGAGCGAGGAGGAAGUCGCCAAGGGCACCACCAAGGUCACGCGCCACAAAUCGCGUACUAGAAAGAACGAGCAGGCGGCCAUCCCAGCUCUGCGCCCCCGGGCAGUGAAUGUGUAA